UGCUGCAGUGAUGGAGAUAGGGGGGAGCGGCCGGUGACAGGGCUGUUAGGUGACAAGGGCGAGGGGUACGUGGGUAACGUACAAUCAGGCAUCGGUAUGGGCUGGCUUCCAACUGGGUUGUUUGCGGGUGGAUAGAAGAGAACUCAAUAUCCCAUUUGGUUAAAAGGAUAGCUCCGCCCAGUGUUCGGUAUACACGGCAUGUCAUCCCUAGGCUCCCGGUAUCACUGAGCCUCUGGGUAAAUGGAAGUCACCCCUGAGAGCCAGAUGAUCUCUAGUGACGCAAACUUAGCCUAGCAGCUCCAGUGCCAACUGCAAUGAGCGGAGGAGGGGAGCAGGCGGAUAUCCUCAGUGUAGGAAUCCUGGUCAAGGAACGAUGGAAAGUGCUAAGGAAAAUAGGUGGUGGUGGCUUUGGAGAGAUCUACGAUGCCUUGGAUUUGCUGACGAGAGAGAAUGUAGCACUCAAAGUGGAGUCAGCCCAGCAACCAAAGCAGGUUUUGAAAAUGGAGGUGGCUGUGCUUAAAAAACUGCAAGGGAAAGACCAUGUUUGUCGUUUUAUAGGAUGCGGGAGGAAUGAUCGCUUUAACUAUGUGGUCAUGCAAUUGCAGGGGCGGAAUCUGGCAGAUCUGCGACGCAGUCAAACCCGGGGCACUUUCUCCAUGAGUACCAUGCUGCGCUUGGGCCGUCAAAUCUUGGAAUCUAUUGAAAGCAUCCAUUCUGUUGGAUUCCUACACCGAGACAUCAAACCAUCAAAUUUUGCUAUGGGACGGUUCCCUAGCACUUGCCGAAAGUGUUAUAUGUUGGAUUUUGGGCUUGCAAGACAGUUUACCAACUCUUGCGGGGAUGUGCGUCCGCCUCGAGCUGUUGCUGGAUUUCGUGGAACAGUACGGUACGCAUCUGUCAAUGCACAUCGGAACCGGGAGAUGGGUCGUCAUGAUGAUCUUUGGUCACUUUUUUACAUGCUCGUAGAAUUUGUGGUUGGCCAGUUACCUUGGCGUAAAAUUAAGGACAAGGAGCAAGUAGGAUCCAUAAAGGAACGAUAUGAACAUCGCCUUAUGCUGAAGCAUCUUCCCCCUGAAUUUUCAGUAUUCCUUGAUCAUAUAAUUGGCUUAGAUUAUUUCACAAAACCAGAUUACCAGCUCCUUGUGUCUGUCUUUGACAAUAGCAUGAAGUCAUUUGGUGUUGUGGAUAGUGACCCUUUUGACUGGGAAAAGAGUGGUACAGAUGGCUCUUUAACUACCACAACAAUAUCAACAACCCCUCAGCUUCACACCCGCCUGACUCCUGCAGCCAUUGGAAUUGCAAAUGCAAUUCCAGGAGAUCUGCUGCGUGAAAACACUGAUGAAGUGUUUCCAGAUGAGCAGCUCAGUGAUGGGGAAAAUGGAAUCCCAAUUAUGGUUUCCCCAGAGAAAAUACCUGGGUCGCCCAGCCUUCAGCGCCCGCAGGAAAAAGAUGUCUGGGAGGAGAUGGAUGCCAACAGGAACAAAAUAAAAAUGGGUCUUUGCAAGGCUGCUACAGAGGAAGAGCACAGUCAUGGGAAUGCGAAUGGUCUUCAUAAUGCACCAAGCCUUGGCUCUCCUAUCCGGGUUCGUUCUGAGAUCACGCAACUUGACCGAGAUGUCCCUCUUUUACGCAAGCUGCGGAAUAUUCAUAGCUUUGAAUUAGAAAAACGUAUGACGUUAGAGUCAAAACCAGACGCUGACAAGUUUUUGGAGAACUGUGAGAAAAUUCAAAAGGCACCAAAUCUGAAGGAAAUACCAUUUGUUGAUGGAUUCUCUCCAUCACCUUCUCAACCUCGGAAGACAAUUGCUUCUCCCACAGCAGUUCAAGCAGACCAUAUCUGGCAUUACGAUGAUGAGUACAUUCUAGAGGGCUCCAAACCGAUGUCUGUCAGCUCUCCAGAACAUAUAGAUGGCGUGGUUAGCAAUGGUUUUGUAGCAGUAAAUUUGGCCUCCUGCCGGCAGGAGGUGGAUUCAAAAGAGUGGGUCAUUGUGGAUAAAGAACGUGAUUUGAAGGAUUUUGGAUUAAAUGGGAGUCGAGGCCAGAAAUUGACAGGAAGUCCUUCAGAAGAGGAACCAGAAGUUCUUCAGGUGCUGGAGAUUUCUCCACAAGAUGGACAUCACAACCUGGGCUCUUGGACAGUUAAUAAUGUUCUAAACCAAGAUCAUCAAAUAGAACUGGAUGUAGUUAAUACUUCAGGCCCUUGUAUUGAUAAAUUGGAUCCUAUGUCUGGAGCUGCUGGUCAGCUACUUGCAGCCACACCCACAAGUCCUAUGGAAGCCCAAGCUGAAGGAGCUCUCACUCCAAUGACUAUCCCACGUCCUUCGGUAACAUCAACACAAUCUGCAUCUGAGAGUUUUCCUUGUGGUCCUCAUUUGGAAAAGAGAGACCAAGACAACCAUAUGGAAUUAUCUCCACAGGACAACAGAACAGAAUAUGCAGAGUCGGAGGAUGCUUUCAUUGGCAAAACAGACCUGGCCAUGCGGUUGAAUAAUAAUAAUAGCCAGGAAAAGAUAUGUGUCAAAUCUAGAGAUUCAAGCCAAACAAACUUUGUAAAGGAGUGUGACCAAAAGCUGCAAGAAGCAAAUUGUGUUGAGACUCCUGUAUAUUGUGUCCUAUCAGAGCACCACAAACCUUUUGAAAAUAUAGCUUCUAAUCAACCUGUUGAGCUACGGACUUUCAAUUCUGUGCCACACAAUGAAUUAUUUUUAGAAAUAUCAAAGCCAGAAGCAACUGAGACUGUUGACAUUUCAGGUCAACAAGCUAAGGAUUAUAUUGCAAUCCGCUCAGUCAGUUUAUUGGAAGAUGUUCAGCUAAAUGGAUUUCAUGAUGUAAAUGAUAUUGUUGCUGCUGCUAAUGGUCUUCUUGACCAUAAAAAUAACACACCAGUGUUGUUGGACCAAGAAUGUGAACACAAGAGCCUAAAAAAUGAAGUGCAGACUGAACCUAAUGGAUCACAACAAUUGAAGAAGGCUCAGAUUAAACCUGUUUUUACAACUAGGCACAGCAGAAUCCCUGUUUUAGUUCAAGAGGUUGACACAGCAUCUGAGUCAUCUCCAAUUUCUGCCAAGGAGAAGCUUCUGUUAAAAAAAGCUUACCAAACUGACUUGGCAAGGCAAGUGGUUGAAAAGCGACAAUUUAAAUCUAUUCUCGGUGAUCUUUCAAGUGCCUCAGACAAGUCUCUGGAGGAAAAGUCAUCACCACAGCCUGUACGCUUUUCUGAGGAAGAUAUUUUCUGCUGUACUAAAAUGGAUGCAGAUUCUCAGGCGGUCAAGUCAUCUGAGGAAGGGACAGGGUCAUCUCUCAGCUCACAGUCUAGAAAGAGCAAAAUUCCACGUCCGGUGUCCUGGACUAGUAAUGAUCAGAUAAUCAAUCCUCCUUCAAAUCAGUUUGUUCCAAGGCCGCCACCUGGAAAACCACCAAGCAGAGUGGGAGUAGAAGCUAGGAUGCGGCGGUACAAGGUUUUGGGGAGUGAGAGCUCCGACUCAGACCUCCUCUCUCGCCUUGCUCAGAUGCUUCAAAAUGGAUCACAGAAACCAAGAAGUUCAUCACAGUCCAAAAGCCCUGGAUCACCUCACAGUCCUAAAACUCCUCCGAAAAGCCCUGUGAUUCCCAGGCGUAGCCCAAGCGCCUCCCCACGCAGUUCAUCUUUACCCCGCACCAAUAGCUCAUCAUCCUCAAGAGCUGGGCGACCCCAUCAUCAUGACCCAAGAAGUUCUUCCCCAUAUAUGGGUUGCAGCAAAUCACCCCCAAGCCUCUCUGGUUCCUCUUCUUCAAGGAGGUCCUGCCAACAGGAUCAUUGCUGUAAUAAACAGAGUAAAAAUAUCUCCAAGGGACCAGGUAGUGGUCACCAUGCCACAGGGAGCAAAACCAGUCGCGGAAAGUCUUCUGUUCGAGAGAGCAAAGUGUCCAUUAAAUUGAGCAGAUAGUAACCAGGCUUUUCAGCUCUAUGCCGAAAAUGACAUUUUCCAAACUCCUACUGUAAUGCAUGUUGUGUCUGUUAAUGUAUAUUUCAGAUAAAAUCAAAUCAGUGUUGGUCUUUAUGUUUAAAGAGGCUUAGACCCCAAGGAAUAUGGCUUUGAUUUAGAGGUCCAGCAUUAAAUUGAUUCAUUAGAAUCAUUGACAGAGUAUGGAAUGUUUUACCCAGUCAAUUUAUUGACACCGCCAGCAUUAAUCUUUUGUUAACUGCAAAAUUAGUUUUAGAGACUAGAAUAUUCUAACACAACCCAUUGCUGGUGAGUUACAUUGAUUGGAAAUCAGAGUACAUCAUUUAUCAAGGAAUUAAAAAUCUAAAAACUCAAUGCUUUCCACAAUUAGGGAGAUUUAUUUUAAUGUAGAAAUUCACAGGGGUUUGAAUCUGCUAAAUAAUUUAUUGCUGUCAGAUAUUCACUUUGGUUAAUAUGGUAAAGGUUUGCAUCUGAAAGAGAUCCUAUGUGCACACACCAUAUUAAAGGGAUACUGAACCCAAAUAUUUUAUUUCAUGAUUCAGAUAGAGCAUGCAAUUUUAAGCAACUUUUGGGUUUAGUAUCCCUUUAAUUACCCCUCAAGAAAAUUAAUCUUAUAUUACAUAUUUCCUAAACCCCACAAACAUACUGUAGUUGGUAGUUUUUACAGUUUCUAAAAGAAUGUUACUACCACCUUAAAGAGAUUCUCAAAGAUGGCAUUGUUUAUCCUUUGCUAAACAAAAAUAGUGAACAAUGCACAAAUUUGCCAAAUAUGUAUCUGAACUGUUUAUUUAAAAUAUCUGAGAAGCAUCUAGCAAUUUACAUUCUGUUUUUUGAGGCUACUUGGGCUUAUUCUAUAUGAGGAGUACACUUAGUGAGUUGGCAGAGCUAAGUAUAUGAAAUUGUUCAGAGCUAUUAUUAGAUUUUGCGAAUAGAGUUGGGAUCACCUUGCAGCUCCUGAUAGAUUCUACCUUGUUGUUCGCUCAACAUUGAGCACAGACAUUACCAGAUAUUUCUCUGGUUCCUUUUUAAAAUGAAUAACUAUAUUAUAAGAGAACAAUAUCAAAUUAAUCUCCCUUGGUGCUUAUGGUUUGACAUUGUGCAUACUUAUUUAAUACAGUAUAGAGCACUAUGUUUUAUAUACUCAAUAUUUCCUUGCUGGUAUAACUACACUAAAUCAUUUCUCUGCAAAUUAUUCAAUUUAUUUCCAUUUGAAUGUAUGAAAAAACUAAUGUUUGCAGCUGCAUCAGUGUUGCCAAAAUCCAGUCCUCCAUAUCUUGCCUAGUUCUGAUAUUAAGAUUUUCACUUGAGAGAAAAAUCUGAAUGUAUGUGAUCAGCAGUGAUCAUGUGACAUUUUUUGACCAUUUGUAUUGAUCACACAUCACUGCACCUCUUGUUGCAAUAUCUAUGUGUCAGGUGGAUAAAACACGUUGUACAUAAGCAGCAGAAUGCAGCAAGUGGAGAGUCAACAUGGAGAUGUAUGUCAGUUAAACUCUCCUGUAACAUAGCAUUGAGGAUCUAUGUGUACUAAAUAGUUGCAGACCACAGUAGAAUCCAGUACCACAUACAUAGCAACUUAAAGGGACAGUCUACUACAGAAUUUUAAUUGUUUAAAAACAGAUAAUCCCUUUUAUUAUUUAUUCCCCAGUUUUGCAUAACCAACACAGUUAUAGUAAUAUACUUUUUACCUCUGUGAUUACAUUGUUGUGAUCUGGUCAACUGUAUUCUAACCGUUAAUAUCUUAAAAUUUGCUUUUGGUAGAAUUGUGGAUUGUAUUUGUGCAACACUGACUCCUGGCAGAAAGGGCAAUGCCAUGUUAGCCAGAUUAAAAGAUCCAGUAGUGUUUUUAAAGGCACAAAAGUAAUGUCAAAAUUAAAUGGUUCAGAUAGAGCAUACAUUUAAACAACUUUCCAAUUUACUUCUGCUAAUUUGCUUUGUUCUCUUGGUAUACAUUGUUGAAAAACACCUAACAUCAACCAAGGACACCUAGAGAAUGAAGCAAAAUUGAUAAUGGAAGUAAAUUGUAAAGUUUUUUCAAAUUUUACGCUCUAUCUGAAAUAAAAGAAAAAUAUAUGUUUAAUGUUCCCUUAAUGCCUAUCUGAGAUUGACAAAGUUGGAAGCUUUCAAGACAUCUUUGGUUUCUUCCCCGGGCAUGCUGCAUUACCUAUGAAUUAGCUGGUCUUUAAAGCUUGCAUGCAAAUUCAUUUUAGGUUUUAUUUUAUCUAAACAUCAUUCCAACAACUUCAUAUAUGGAAUAGAAAGUGCUGUAUCUCUCAUCAUAUAUGUAAGCCUAAUAGAAGGUAUAGCUGUAUCUCAGGAUAGCAAUAAAAAAACAAGAUAGCAAUGCCUGUUUCAUACAUCAAUGGUUCAUAAACCUUCAGGAUUGUGUAUGAUAAGUUACGUAUAUGCUAAUAUGUUGUGAAUUUACACAGCAAGCCUGAGCUGGCUCUGGGCUUUCAGGAAAGUAUUCCUGUUUGUAUACCCCUUCAGAUUUAAUAGAGCACACAAGGCAUUGAAUAUGUGCAUCUAUAUGCAGUGAAUUGCAUGCUGCUCUGCCGUAAGGUAAAUAUGAACAAUCUUCUGCUUUAUGCAUUGCAAAAUCCCUGGUGGCCGCUUGCUAACAAAUUAGUAGCCUUAGGAUAUAUAAGGGAAAUUCGUUGUUGUAGAUUUUUUCUUCCUUGUGUAAAUUGCUCUGUUGUUUCUCUAAGCUUUUAACCUCUGCUGUGCUGGAGGAACAUUGUAGUCUUCAUUAGCUUGGGGAUUAACGUGAGUGACUUUAUAAUUACCCUAUCCUGAACAAUCUGCAACUGUGUCCCUUUGUCCUGUUCCUUUGUAAUAUAUUGUACAGUAGGUUCUGUCCUUGUAAUUGCAUGUCCUCAUGGUAAAUUAUAUCAUAUAUAAAUAUUUAUAAAUAUAUAUAAAUAUAUAUAAUAUACAUAAUAUACAAAAAAUGACAUACUCAUUCUACAUUUGUAGACGGCUGACAAUGACGCUUCCUUUUUUAUUUUGUGUGUGCCUGAUAAUGUCUCAGCCUUGUGUUUCCCAAUUUGUGAAUAUGAUCUCUCCGCAUGGCAACAUUUAGGGGCAUAUUUAUCAUAGUGCGAGCGGACUUAUCAUUGCACAAAGCAGUUCACCAGAAGCUUGAUAAUUCGGCCCCUUAGUUUCAACGCAGCGCAAAUUAUUUCAAGGACUGCAUUGAACAUAAGAACAUUUUAAAGCCCAUUUUUAUUGUAUUUAUGUAUAUAUUAUUUUUCUAUUUUUGUCCAUACAUUUUUAUUUAUGUUAUUUAAUUGUGUUUUCUAAAUUGUUAGUUAUCACAGGGUUUUUUUUCUCUGAAUUAUGUGAUUUACUACAGCUAAAUUUGUAUCUUUUAAACAUUUUAAAACCCUUCCAAUAGCUGUCAUUUUUAAAGUGUUUAAAGUUCCGUGGAGCCAUUUUUUUGUAUUUAGACACGAGAAUAUAAAAAUGUAUCACAAUCUA